CGCAACGUAUCGUGUUUCAUUGGAAAUAUGUAUCAUAGUAACGUUUAGGAAGUAGAAACAACAACGUUGACGAAACAAGACCAGUAAUGCUUUUACCAAUGGAUCGUUCAAACAAAUAUAAUGGUGUUUCUAUUCAUCACCAGUUAAUAAUUUUAACAAAAAGUGGAUUUAAUAUAAAUAAUAUUAUAUCUUUCUGUAUCAUUUAUUUUUUUAGUAGAUUCUCGAAUCCAUCGAUAAAUUUCAAAUUCCACGUCUAUACGUUUUUAAUUAAAGGGGCACAAAUCUGUGAAUUAUGCCAAGUCUUAUAUGUACAUUAAAUAUUUUGAUAUAAAAAAUAAAUGUUAUUUGAGAAAGUCGCCAAUAUUGGUACUCCAUUUGAUUUUGGGAUAAUAUUUCUUCAACAUAAGCUUAAAAUAAGAAUUUAGAAACAUAAGUACAAAUUAAAAAAUUUUUUUUUUAUCAGAUACUGUUUUUAUAAUACUAUUUCGUAUUUUGUGACAAUUAAUGUUUUUGCCACACUCAAAAAAGAGCAUCUGAGAAAAAGUUAGAACUUCUAAAACAACCACCUUAGAUAACAAGAGCAGAAUUCAGACAAUGUAUAACAAAGAAAGUGUUAUGUGUAAGAUAAACUAAUAAAGGAAAUAAUCAAUUAUAUUUUUAUAUAAUAAGCGACAAAAUUUAUAAACUUAAAAGACCAAAAUUAAUCCUCUCUACUUUCUACAAUGUUUUAGCAUUUUAUUCUGGAUUUGUUGCGUCCGACAAUAUUUUUCCUACCUUGAAAUGUUCAAGCAAAUAUAAAAAAUUUAUGGAAUAUCUAUUAACAUUGUAAUUAAACAUUUCGUAGUUAACGAAUAGAUAGGGUCAUUGCACCAGUCAAUAAACAAAUAAAAGUUGAGCUAGUCAAUGAACAUAUAAAUUAAAAGUUAAUAUAAUUACAUUUUUAAAUAAACAAAGAUAUUUUAAUAAAAUGUUUAUGAAAAUUAAAUCAUAAAAAAUACAAUUAAUUCACAAUUUAUUAUUUCAAAGUCUAAUACUUUUCUAAACAUAGUCAUUUACUGGUGAUUGUUCAGCGACUGGUGCAGUGACUCUAAUUCGCUUUACGCAGCAUAACAAUUUUAUAUUUUAAUCUGCAUUAUAAAAAAAAUAUGAAAAUGAAAAACAUAAGCAAAACGGAUUUAAGAAUUCUUAAAUUUUAAUUCUUAAUUUUUUUGUAGCUUAAACAUAUAAAACAAUCUAAUAUUAUUAAUAAUAUGCUCACUAUUUUAUGUUUCAACUAUGCAAUAAGAAAGAGAAAAUCAUAAAACUUUUAUUUCUGUGUCUCAACAAAUUGUUUCUAUAUAUGUUACCGCUAAAGCUCGAAAGCCGUUAAUGUGAACAUUACCUAUCUAAUCUGCAGAUUAACUGAUUUGCUCCGUUAAUGUGCGAAAUUAGGAGCUUUUCGCAUUUUAACUAGGUAAUGUGCACAUUAAAGGCUUCCGUAUCGUUAAAAUUCAAACAUUUGUUUCUUUUAUUUCCUUUGUCUACUUCUUACCUCUGCUCAUUCACUUUAGUUUGGUUUUGUCAGCGUCUUGUCGUCGCCGAUUGUUUUUAUUUUUCAUAAUUUACACCGGCUGCUAGUGCGUAACAUUUGUUUCUGCCUGUUAGCACGUAAAUUUGUGUCUAAUUUUUUUAAAGCAGAUAAAUUUACCUCCUAGUAUGCAAGCAAGCACUGAAUUGGAUAUCCAAAAAUAAAUAAAUAACAUCACCAAAAAUAUUUAUUUUUACUUUAACAAGUGCCUAGUAGGUAAUGUGCAAAUUACCUAGAUAAUUUGCAGAUUACUUAGGUAAUCUGAGAAAUGAAACAAUUUUCGGCACAUUAACGGAUCACCCUAGUUAAUCUGCACAGUACCUAGAUAAUCUGCGGAAUAACUGAUUUCUGCACUUAGCGGUAACAUAUACAAGAUUUUACAUAGAAAAAAGAGUAUGUACAACUAUGUAUUUUUUUUUUAAUUAUCAAAGCAGAUUAUGUUUUUAUCAGUAUUAAUACAUCGCAAUAUAAUAUAGUUUACGAGACAUACGUGAUUACCAUUUUAGGAGGGGUUGGCCAAUAUUAACGACUUUUCUCUAUAUACACAUACCUUUGUACAUGUAUAUAUGUAUACAUAUUGCUUAUACAUAUAGAUAUAUAUUUACAUAUUUAAACAUUUAUACACAUAAUAAGAAAUUUAGGCAUUAUUAUGUACAUUAAUUAAUCACAGUGUUAAAUAACACAUACAAUUGGACAUUGUUAUAUAGCAGAUUAUGUAUAUUUAUAUACAUUUAUAUAAUUUUAUGUAACUACAUAUGAUUAUAAGUAUACGAAAAAUUUUUACGGGAUAAUUACACAGAUUUAGAAUGGGCAAUUGGUCUGCAUCGGAAUAUAUUAAAAAUUAUUGGUUUGUGGCCACAACAUAUAAAGGUUCAACAAGAAAAAUUUUUUUUGAAGUUUCGGAUGCUAUUAAAUGUUUUCAUAAUAACUUCUGUACUGACUGUACCGGCUUUAAUCCAACUGAUAAAAGUAUGGGGUGAUAUGCUUCAGAUAAUAGAUAAUUUGCAAUACACCCUGCCUUUUCUAGUAAUAGAACUUAAAAUCUUUGUUAUUUGGUACAAAAGAAGAGUUUUAUCGCUGUUAAUUAAUAUGAUUGUAAAAGACUGGUUGGAAGUGAAAAUAGAUCAAGAGCGAAAUGUCAUGCUAAAAAAGGCCAGGAUCACCCGCUUACUCGUCAAAAGUGGAAUAUUCAUAUUAGUUUUUGCAGAACUUAGCAGAAUAAGCUCUCCAUUUUUUAGACAAUACUUUGAGCAUACGAAAAAUCUCACUAAUCCUGAAGGAUCUUUUCCGAUACCUACAUACUACUGGUACGAUGUAACCAGCAGUCCGAAAUACGAGCUAACAUAUCUGGCACAAAUAAUCGGGAUGACUGCAGGCGGUCUCACUUACGUCGUAGUCGACAAUUUUCUUGGACUAUUGAUCUUACAUGUAUGUGGUCAGAUGGAGAAUCUGCAUCUACGAUUAAUGAAUCUGGGGAAGGAUUCAGAUUUCAGAACGGUUUUAAAGUACAACGUUAAAGAACACAUUCGGCUGAUCAGAUCUGUAGAAGCCAUUGAUAGCACAUUCAAUUUAUUGCUGUUGACCAUGAUAGGCUUUUUCAGCAUUUUUUUUAGUCUUCAAGGAUUUCUAAUAAUUAACGCUGUUAAUCGAGAUAGUAAUUUGUCUAUCACACAAUUGGCUUCUUAUAUUUCCGCGAGUGUAUCCGUUUUAAUGAACACUUGUCUUUAUUGUGCAGCAGGCGAACUUCUCGUGAUUCAAAAUGAAAAAAUACAUAGCGCUACAUGGGAAUGUAUAUGGUAUACUCUAGAGCCGAAAGCAACGAGAAAUUUGACAUUAAUUAUGCUGUGUGCAAAGAAACCACUCAAUAUCACAGCGGGAAAAAUGUUCCCAAUGACAAUGUCUACAUACUGCAACUUAUUAAAAACGUCGGCAGGUUAUAUGUCUAUGUUACUUGCCCUUCGCAAUUAAUAAACAUCUGAUGAUUAUGGGAACAACGGAAAAGGCAAUAUCAAUUCAAUGUCUUUGCCAAGUCUUAUUUCACGGCGCAGAAAUGCAAGCAAUAAUAUGCAUAAAGCAGUAAUUGUUCAUCAUAGUCGCAUAAUCAUAAAUUAAGCAACUGGCCUCUCUUCGCAAGAGCUUAUUAAUUGUGAUAAAAAAUUUUAGCACAUAGUCUAGUAUUCACUUAGUGAUGCCAAAAUUAGCUUAUACGUCACAAAAAGUUUUCCUCUGAUUUGUUUUCUUAUUUGCUUUACUAAUAUAAAAGAAACGAAAUUUGGUAGAACUCUUUAUUUAAUUUUUUUCUGAUUUGCAGUAAUUUAAGAUAUUUUAAUAUAAUACUCGAAUUUCACAAUUACCUAAAAAAGCUCUAUUGUGGAAUAUUUCCUCUUUGAAUAGAAAUAUGAAAAAUGACAUUUCUCAAUAUAGUAUCAUUUUUGUUGUAAAAAAAUAUAUUGUAUAUGCAAAUAAAAAAAAAAAAAUUAUAGCACUAAUAAUUUAGAAACUCUUAUUUUCCUGUUAUAAGUAUUUUAUUGUUAAAGUGUUUUUAAAGCAUAAACAUUUGGAUAUAAAUAGUACGCAGCCUUUCAGCAUUAAUUAGUCGAAUUAAUAUAGUCAAAUUAUUACCUGUCACAUAUUUCUUGUUGUCAUUAUGUAACUUCUUAACUUGCUGAUCAAAACAACACUGUAGCUAUGUAUUAAUUAAUAAUUUAAAAUUUAAUGAUAGAAUGUAACACAAUUGAUUAAUAAAUGUAAUUAUUAUACACUUAUAA